GUCCAGCACAUCGCGAACAGGAUGAUUUCUCUUCAUGAAUAUGGCACUCUCAUCAUCUCCAAGAUUUAACUCACCUGGAUUCUUCUUUCUAAUUUUAGCAUUUGGCGAAUGGACUAAAGGUAUAUCUCCAGUAAAGACCCCAUCUCCCUGCCUGUCCAAACCCUGCCAACAUGGCGCACUGUGUAAAGAGGUUCCCACAGACUACCUGUGUCAGUGUCAGUCCUCUUUAACUGCCCCCUCAGACGAAAGGUGUGAAGAGUCCAACGAAUUGUGCCAUCCAGUCUCCUGCCACGAGAGUGCCAUAUGCCAGCCAGUCACCUCCAACUCCUCCCAGCUGCUGUGCCGGUGCCAGGCUGGAGUAUCGGGGGCCUCCUGCGACGGGCUGGUCGGACAGUGCGCUGCCAGUUUGUGUGGCGAGAGGGCGGCCUGUGCGCUGAACCCGUGCCAGGGCAGGGCGUUGUGCAGGGGCAGGGGGGAUGGCUAUGCCUGCUUCUGCGUGCCAGGAUUUCAGGGCAGGCACUGCGAGAUCGAGGUGAACGAAUGCGCCUCUCAGCCCUGCCAGAACAGAGCGACCUGCGUCAACAAGAUCGGGAGGUAUGUCUGCAUCUGCGGACCGGGCUACACAGGUACCAGCUGUGAGCUCGAAAUGGAUGAGUGUCAAUCACAACCCUGCUUCAAUGGGGCCAGUUGUCACAACCACCCAAAUGGCUUCUCGUGCACAUGCAAGGCUGGUUUCGGAGGCGAUUUCUGUGAGAUCGACAUUGAAGACUGCGCAAGUCUCCCAUGUCAGAAUGGAGGAAUUUGCAUAGAUGGGGUGAAUAGUUACAGCUGCAACUGCUCCUUCUCAGGCUUCAUGGGCCUUAACUGUGAAAUUCCCAUUACACCCUGCAUGUCUCAGCCUUGCUUCAACAACGCCCUCUGUCAGGACAAUCAUGGGAACUACACGUGCAACUGCUGGCCAGGGUUCGAGGGCAGGCUCUGUGAAGUGGAUAUCAGUGAGUGUGGAAGCAGCCCUUGUCUCUCUGGAGGAAGCUGCUUUGAGCUGUCCUGGGAAACACUGUAUGGGAUUGAGCCUCUGCUCCCAGCACUGUUUGACCCCCAGCAGGCAGCUGGCUUUGUGUGCAGAUGUCAGCCAGGAUUAAGAGGUACCUUGUGUGAAGAGGACAUAAAUGAGUGCAAUUUGAACCCAUGUCAGAAUGGAGGCAUAUGUGAAAACAGUCACGGAGGCUACACGUGCCACUGUCUGAAACAAAGCCAAGACGGGGCCUCGUAUGGCGGGGAGAACUGCACGGAGGUCUUGGUGGGCUGUGAGGGCCACAGCUGCCAGAACGGAGGACAGUGCUUCCCCUUUCUCAGGGACGGACGCCAGGGCUACACCUGCAGCUGUCCCGGUGGCUUCUCAGGUCCGACGUGCCAGACGGCCACCACCUUCUCCUUUGAGACGAGAGGCUCCCUCCACCUGCAAACUCCGUCCACGGACCGAGAACCACCCUUCAGCGUGACACUGAGCUUCAGGACCGUGCUGGAAAACGGCGGAAUUUUCCGGAGAGGCAGCGCGGAGCAGCUCCUCGGGCUGUACCUGGCGGCCGGCCGCCUCCGCCUCGCCCUGCAGAGGGACAGCCGCCCGAAGAAAGUUCUCCAGCUGCCUCACAACGUCACCGACGGUGAGUGGCACUCGGUGGGAGCCGUGCUCGGCGACGGGUUGCUGGAGCUCAGGCUCCUGGAUGGGUUGUGUACGGAGCACUGUGUGGUGGUCUCCCGGGUGGAGGGCGGAGGCUUGCCAGGGCUGGGAUCGGCCUUCCAGAGGACCUCAAUAGGAGGGGACGGAGACAUGGGCGUCGGCUACUUCAUCGGGUGUCUUCGGGACGUGCGGGUGGACUCCCAUCUGGUGGUCCCUAAGGACUGGCACCCGGAAUCGGCCAUCAACGUGACCCCCGGAUGCAGCCACAGAGACAGGUGUGAGGACGUCCCGUGUCAGAACAGGGGCCGAUGUGUCAACCUGUGGCAGAGCUACCAGUGUGAGUGCCGUCGUCCGUACGAGGGACUCAACUGCUCAGAGGAAUACAUCACAGGCCGAUUCGGAAAGGAGGAUUCUCAAAGCUACGCUGUUUUCAGAGUCGACGAAGACCCGGGGCAGAGCGCGGCGCUGUCGGUGUUCGUUCGCACCAGGAAGCGCGGCGGGCUGCUGCUGGCUCUGUCCGACGGCUCUGGCCCGUACCUCCAGGCGUGGCUGGAGGACGGCAGGGUUCUGGUGCAGGCGCGGGCCGGCCAGCCGGACAGCCUGGCGGGAAAGCAGUUUGUGAGCGACGGGAGCUUCCACCUGGUGAGCGUGAAGAUAGAGCGGAACCAGGUGAGCCUGGUGGAGUCGGCCGGCAGGCAGGGAACGGUCUCCGCCCGGGGCCUGCGGGUGCGGUCUGGGGACCUGGUCCAUGUGGGGGGGCUGGCUGAGCGGGGUGAAGCAGCGUCCUUCGGAGGCCAUUUCAAGGGGUGCAUGCAGGACUUGCGACUGGACUCCAGGCGCUUGCAGUUCUUCCCGAUCGGUGUUCCGGUGAACGGGUUCGCCCUGCAGCGCCAGGUCGGUGUUGCUCGAGGCUGUGCUGGUGAGGACUACUGCAGUAAAAAUCCUUGCCAUAACGGGGGCACGUGCUACUCCAUUUGGGAGGAUUUUACCUGCACCUGCCCUCCCAACACAGCAGGGCGGCGCUGUGAGGAGGUGCAGUGGUGUGAGCUGCGGCCCUGCCCAUCGGCCACGGUCUGCCAGCUCCUCCCCCAGGGCUUCGAGUGUAUUUCCAACGCGACAUUUUAUGAUGACGGCAGCGUGUUGUCUUACAAAAGCAAUGGCAAAAUCUUCCGGAAUCUUAUCGACAUCUCCUUCAGCGUACGGACCAGGAAAGGCAACGCCGUCAUAAUCCAUGCGGAAAAGGGGCCCGAGUUUGUCACGGUGUCCCUGCGGGACUCCCACCUGUUCCUGGAGCUGCUGAGCGGGGAGACCUCCCUCCCGCUGACCCUGAGGAGUCGCAAGCCGGUGAGCGACGGGCGCUGGCACUCCGUGCGGCUCUCCGCCACAUCCCCCCGGUCCCCGGCCUCCCAGUGGACCAUGCGCGUGGACGAGGAGGAGCGGCCGGCCACCUCCGCCGGCCGGGCGGGAGACCUGGACUUCCUGAAGGAAGGCGCGGAUGUUCUCCUGGGCGGGCCGGGUCCGGACGGCGCGCGGAACCUGGUUGGCUGCCUGAGCACGGUGUGGGUGGGCGGGGUGGCGUUGCCGUACCACGGCGCGGCCGAGGUGGGCCUCCCCAGGCCUCAGGAGGAGCAGUUCGUCAAGACGUCGCGCCGGGCGGUGGUGAGCGGCUGUUCGGAGGAGCGGGCCUGCUCGCCCGGGUCCUGCCGGAACGGGGGCGUCUGCGAGGAGCGCGCCGGCCUGUUGGGCUGCAGCUGCCCCCCGGGCUGGGCCGGGCGGCUCUGCCAGACCCCCGACGCCUGCGCCUCCAGCCCCUGCUCCCACGGCAACUGCAGCCUCCGCGCCGUGCCGUACCACUGCGUCUGCGAGCCGGGCUACUCCGGCCUCACCUGCGAGGAGGAGACGGACGCGUGCGCGGGACACCACUGCGCUAACGGCGCCACCUGUCUGCCAGGCGCCGGCAGAUACUCCUGCCUCUGCCCAGAGAACUACACCGGACCCCACUGCACUGUAGAGGUCGAGGAAGUUCCUUGGUACAUCAUCAAACAUGUACGUCCCAAGCUCCCGGUGUCCGUCUGUGGGAAUGAGCAGAAGAACUACACCUGCUUCAAUGGGGGCAACUGCAGCGAGACCAGCAUGAUGUGCGACUGCAUGUCGGGGUUCACCGGGCAUCGGUGCGAGCUGGAGCUGGACGAGUGCAAGUCCAACCCCUGCCUGAACGGAGGGUACUGCCGCAACCUGGUCAACAAGUUCCAGUGCGUCUGCGACAUGAGCUUCGCCGGGGAGGUGUGCCAGGUGGACCUGAGAGCAGAAGGCCUGAGAGCGGACCUGCUGUCCGUCUCCCUGGUGUCGGUGGCUCUCCUCCUCACCCUCCUCCUGGCCACCUCCGCCGUCGUCAUCGCCAUGAGGCGCAGGGCCACCCACGGCACCUACAGCCCCAGCAGGCAGGAGAAGGAGGGGUCCAGAGUGGAGAUGUGGAACAUGGUGCAGCCUCCGCCCAUGGAGAGACUCAUAUAAGCCCUAAAGAUACCUGGGGCUCAUUCCAAUCCCUUAUUUUUCUCAGUUUUCUUGUUCUUUUCUUACCCCUAGCUCCACGCAUCGUGUGAGGAUAGGAAAAGACGAAAGGAAAAGAAGUAAUGACGGGGAAGUGGAGAAUGCGAAUUAGGCAAACUGAAUAUCCUUCAAACGUCAGUUCAAAGCCGCGUCAAUUACAUACGUGGAUGCGUGGCAGACAGGGAGAGGCGGAUCCACUGGUUGAUCAUUUAUACAUCAGGCUUUCUGAAAAAAGAUGUUUCUUUGCUCAAAGGAAAGAUUGGGAGUUCUUACCUCUAUUUCAUUAAAGGAACAUUUACAAGGCUGGGAUAUCCUUAAAGAUAAAGGAGCUUGAUCGAUUUCCCGGUCAGCCGCAAGGAAAGGAAAAAAAGUGGAGAAAAAUAAACUAUUGGAAUGGGCCCAUGGACUACUACAGGUUUAACCAGUACACCAAGAGAGGCCAUGUUUGAGACAUAGCGGACUAGCAAUAUCAACCUCUUCGGUUCCUCUUCUCUACAGUUAAACAUGCCGAAGGCCAAGUGAUGUUACUAUUUUCAAAAAGUAUUGCUAGUUACCUUUAAUAAGCCUUCAGUGAGCUGACUGUGUCUUAGAUGUCAAUGUGAUUGAUUCUUCAUUGAGAUAAUCCAACUUGAGAAACAUCACUGUUAUGCAGCUUUAGUUUCAGGGGUUAACUCUAAAGGAAAAAAAAAGUGGUUUCUGAAUAUGGCUUAUGGAAUAUUUCAUAUCCAUUGGACUUCAACCAAUGAAGUGGGAAAUUUAUUUAGAGUUAAAAAAGAAAUACAUCAGUGUUGUGUGUGCUUUAAUUUAUGAUUAUGUCUUAAAUGUGUUAAUUUAUGUGAACUAAGUGAAGUCAUGUGUGACAGCUGUGACCUCAUACAUUGUUUUUUGCCUAAUGUAUAUUAUUCUCAAUAUUGUGUUUAUUUUAUUUAUUUGAAAACUAAUUAGUAAAUAUCGGCUCAGUACCCGCUCAAAUACUGCCAGGCCUGACUGACGUUCCCAUGGGCAGUGCCUGCGGAGGCUGGUCUUAGAAGUAUUGAAGGACACAGACCAGCCUUUAAAACCCUGGCUAGAGUGGAGAUGCUCAUUCAAUGGAGAUAUUGUACUAGCGUCUUUCAGAAAGAACUGAAGGCUCUGUCCUAAUAAUAAUCUGUCUGAUUACCUCAAUGGCCCCCUGAAACAGCCACCUCAUCCCAAGGCGCUCUCUGUUUAACAGGAGACACUGUAUAAAGAGUUUGAGCACACUUACCAACACGACUCUCAACUGACAGCCACCUUUCAGUGUUUUAUUGGCAUUUCUAAUGGGCUUGUGUGUGAAUGAAUCAUAAGACCACUGCCAGCCCUUGAUCGCAAGUACAUAUUUCACUUUCAUUUUAAUGUAUCGUUUCUGUAACAUCUUAUCAGGCUGCUGCUUCUUUCAGCAAUUAUGUCAGGGCUAUCCCCUGCUCUCUCAUAUAAACAGUAAUACAUCCCCGCCAUUGCAAAAGAAGUUCACACAAACAAAAUUACAUAAACAUCCAUAAUUUAUUUUAGGUUCACAGUGUCAAUAUCCAAGAUUCAUAUUGUUGUACCAUUCACUCAACACAUUAGAAUGACUGGACUGUUCUUUUAACACGAUUUCUGCAUUGAGAACAUGCAAGUGUAAACACACGUGGCUAUAGUAAUUUAGACUAGCUGAAUACCUUCACUUCAGAUUGUUUUGGCAAACAAUUGAAAGACGGGUUAUCUAUGAAAAUUUGACUUUUUUUCUUCUUCUUUGAUUUAGUUUUUUUUAGAAAAUCCAGAAUAGAUGUACAGCCAUAGUAUUGCUCUAAAAUGAAUGGUAAAAUAAAUGAAUUGCAUGAU